AUGAGCGUGGAAUCAACGAGCAUGGCGCGUGCCCAGAGUGCGCCUGCCGACCUGGAAGACACUGAUAUUGCUGGCCUCAGCAGAGAGAGUGUCGUGGAGCCUCUGGGCUUGGAUGAUGAACAAGAACUUGCUGUGCUUCACUACACGGAACUAGAAACUGAGCCAGCUUCCGCCUACUGGGACGAUUGCACCUACUGGGACGAUUCGACCUACUGGAGCAGUACCGAUAACGAUAGCCAAGAGAGUCGGAUGCUAUCUCUGAUCUGCUUUUAUAUGCAGGAAGAGAAUCGUGUGGUGACCCCAACCACAGCAGGCAACAUCCCUCGCCCAGCUUCCUGCCCUCCUCUCCAAACUUGCUCUCCCACCAUCUCCUCUCUUGCCCUCCGCCAUCUGAUUUUCCGCAUCAAGCUGAUCGUUCUUGACCAUCACUUUGAAUCUACUCCUUCUUUAGACCGUGUUUCCCACUACCUCGCUUCACUUCCUCAAACUUUCCCACUUCACCACCACUCAUCCCCCGACGCCGUUGCCGCAGGAGAAGCCAUCAACACUGCGUUCAACAUGUAUCACCCACCGGUGAACCCUGACAUCCAGGCUCAGUACGAUCAGCAGAUGGUGGAGUAUCACUCCCGUCUGCUCAACCAGGCCAUGACCCCGAGCGAGUGCCCGAUUGGCAGUGAGGCGGAGAUCCAACUCCGUCCUCACUAUGCUGUUGUUCUCAUCGAGAACAAUACUCGGAUGCAGAUUCCAUACACUGUCACCCGUCAAGAGGUGAUUCAGUUCUUUGGCCGCGAUGCUGGCUUGGCUGAGGGGUGGGCCGUCCACAUCAUCAUGGAGCGUUCCUCUGGCAAGACCAUGGACUGCUAUGUGGAGUUCAACAGCACCAGCGAUGCCAUGAAUGCUGUGCAGCGGGUCAAGAGAAUGCACGACGCCAACCAAGGCCCCCGCAUGGGCAACCGCUAUGUUGACCUCUCGCUCAGCACCCAGGCGGCCCUCAUGAAGGCUCUGUUUCCUCGCGCCAAGUGCAUUGAGUGGGUGAACGGCCGUCCCAACAAAGUGCCCAAGCGUCAAGAUGAGCCAUGGUCGAGUGGUUUUAACGGAUUCCUGACCGACGAAGAGCUUUUCUGUGUGGUCCGUCACGCUCGCGAGCCCAACCGGAGCCUCUAUGCAGUGAAGGUCCCCCAGCGUACCUACGAGUCGAUCAUCAGUACCAUCUGGAAGUUCCCAUGGCUCGCUACUGACUUGUACACCGUGCACGCGCGCAACAAGCUCUACGACAGCCUGAGGCUUAUGAUCGAUGCUUUGGUGGGUCGCCUGCGCAAUGGACAAACCGUCGGAUUGGAUACUCGCCUGGUGUCUGAGCUCCUUCGUGCCGGCCUUGAAUGUCCUGCAUUCAACCCCCGUAUGAAGUAUGUCCUUGCAGAGACCAGCCAAGACCAAGGAGUCCUGCGCCGGAUGAACCCAGGGUACCUGAUCUUUUUCCCGUUCGACACGCUGACCUGGCUGCGUCCGAACAACCCCGUCGCGUUGGAGUUCUAUGCCACGCUCAUCUCCCAGAGCGGGGCCAACAGCAUCCCCCAAGGGAUGAUGCGCCGUGGCUUCGAACCACGCUACCAGCGGCCCUACGGCGACUGGUGGUUCGAGUGGUCCCCGGAGGUGGCCGUGAACAAGUCGUUUGCAGACGCCAUCCGUGAUGAGAUGCGGCUCCUGCGAAGCAUGAUCUCUUCUGGUCACCGAGCCAUGCAGACCAUGCGCCGCGCCCCACACCCUGGGGCUUCCAACCCUUCCCCGUCGGGUUCGGCAUUUGUCGACACCCAGCCCGGUGGUGUCCCUCAAAUGGGCACCCAGAUGCAGCCUCCGUCGGGCCAGAGCGCCCCCAGCAACCCUCAACGGCAGGGUAGCCAGGCCCACUGGCCUAGCCAGGGGCCCAACCCUUACGUUGCUGGUGCCGUCGUUCCUGCGCCCGCUCCCGCUCCCGCUCCCGCUCCGGCCCGAGCCCCCCUUCCUGCGCCUAUCCCUUGGCGUUUUCCCGCUUUCCGUGGCCCUCCCGGCCCUCCCGGUCCUCGUGGCUCUGGUGGCCCUCAUGGCCCUGGCCCCUGGCGUGGUGACUCUUCCUCCGGAGGCCGCCGCAACCAGUAG